AUGGCGGCAGUGGCCGAUUCCGCUUUGGCAGUAUCUCCGGCGAUGGUGGAACGCGCCGUCGAACAUAUGCGGGAGACGCAAAAAUUCUCCUGCUACUGCGUUAAAUGCAGUCAGUUCUUCGCGAGCUUUGAGCUGCUCGAUCUGCACACACUGGGGCACAGUGAGCCGAACGAACUGCAAGACGAUCCGCGACGUGGUUGUCCCGUCUGCUCGUUCCACGGAGCGAGUUUCGCGGAGUUGGUGCAGCACACGUCAGAGCACCGUCUAGGGAAGAGAGACUCGCGGCCCUGUCUGAUCUGUGGGCAGAAUGUCGUCGGCAUGCGCGGUCAUAUCUCCGAAAAACACCCCGAUGUGAUGCAGCGAAUCACGGGGACCUGGAAGCAUCAGUGUCCGGAGUGUGGAGAGCGGUUCAGUCGUCGCGGGAAGCCAGAUUUUCACACCAAGGUCAAGCAUAAAGGGUUCCAGUGUUGGUGCUGCGCCAAAGUGUUUCAGAGUUCGUAUCUGCUUGGCACCCAUGUUGUGGAGCACUGCGUCAACGGCGAAUAUCCCUGUUCGAUGUGUGAUAAGAUCUUGCCCAGUUAUACAUUAGUCAACGUGCAUUAUCAGACGUGCCACGAUACGACGCGGCGGAAGACGUGCAUUGUUUGUCAGACAACGUGUGUGGGGCAAGACAAGCUGGACGAGCAUAUGGCGACGUGCCACACGGACGGCACGAAGAAAAGGUCCGUGAGGCGAGCGCCGACAAGCAGCUGUAAAUCACGUACGUGUGAGUUUUGUGGGAAGCAGUUCGAAAAGUAUGGAAGCUGGUAUUACCAUCGGCUUUACGUGCAUUUGGGAAAGCCGAAAGAGCGCGUGCACUGCAAUCAAUGCGACAAGAUGUUUGUCGAUAAACAAGGCUUGGCGAUGCACAUACGGUGGGUGCAUACCGGCGACGCCAGGAAGAAGUAUGACAGGGUCCGUGCGGAAAGAAGAGCGGCCGGUCUUCCCGAAAAUCCCUACCCGAACUAUGUCGAUCCGCGGAAGCGGACAGCCUUCGCGGAUUUCAAGUAUAAAUGCGAGGAAUGUCAGCUGGGUUUUGUGCGGCAGAUUUCGCUGACAAAACACAACGAAUCCCGGCAUCGGGAGAAGACCCUUCACAACACCUGAGCAGCAGUUAAUUUGUCAGGGUUUUCUGUUUUUCUGCAUAGUUCCGCUAGAUCUUGGUACAGUGGUACCUGUAUGUAACCGGAAAUGGCUGUGUUUUUCUGUAGACUGGUUGCGGCUCAUGUUUUGAAUUGUUGUACCGACUGUACAUUUGAUAAUGCUUAUCCAACUGGUGAGCAUUCCAGUUGUAUUUGUAAUCCGGCAGAUGU